UUGCUUUGGAAGUGCCUUGAGCGCUGAUCGUGCUUGUAAAGGCUUCUUCUUGUCUGAGAACGCAACAGAAUCAAGCACUUUUUUAUCCAAGUAGCGUGUAGACUGAUGGUAUGAACCAUCACAAGUGAUUUUAAGAGAUACUUUUAUUAGUUUCCCUCCUGAUGAAACUUGACUCAACAGGCAGUUGCAGAAAGUGAGUUGAUGCCACAAGAGGCUCGACUGUCGUCAGCUCCAGUGCUCUGCGUCUCCGCUCAGGAUGAACGGAACGUUUUUUAACCACACGGUGUUUACGCACGGCGUUCUGCUCAACCGCAGUCAAGAACUGGCGGGGACACUAGUUGAUUGCUGCACGGGGAACGGGAGCGAAGUGACCGCAAACGACGGCGGCGGGUCUUUAGAUCUCGCUCAGGACGAGCGCAAGCUGUUCGUUACGCGCGUGGUGCAGAUCGCGGUGCUGUGCGUUCUUUCGCUCACGGUGAUGUUCGGGAUCUUCUUUCUCGGUUGCAACCUCAUGAUCAAGUCCGAAAGUAUGAUCAACUUCCUGGUCAAGGACCGGAGACCAUCCAAAGACGUGGAGGCGGUGAUGAUCGGACUGAGUUAGCCGCGGGUGUCACCUGUAACCGGGCUGCGGGACCGAGUGACACCCAGCUGUCCUCAGACUGGGAGCCACGGAGAUAUGCAACUUACACUUUCGCUCCCUUUGUGUUCUGAAAAGAAAAAGCGGUGUGGAUGGACUGAAGCAAAGAUGACAGAUAUACAGCUGCACGUUUACGAAAUGAGAAUGUAUUUAUUCAUGUUUACGUAGCUUUUUGUAUUUGAGGUAAUCUUUGCUUGUGAUUUUAUACAGUAUAGUGUUUACACGUUUUUACCUCAGAAAAAAAUCAAAGUAUCUAUUUAUUGCAUUAUGUUUAUUCAAAUUAUACGCUACCUUACAAAUUAUACGACCAUGUUUUUAUUGUAGUAAACGUGUAGUAACCAUGUUUUUUUUUGUAGUAAAACCAUUUUCGUAAGGAUUAAGGGGGAGGGGUUGCGAAACGCAAAUUGUAGGCUACUUUGGUGCAACUAUUCUAAAUACUUUUAAUAAUUUUCAAUAACAAAGUGUUAAAAGAUAACUUAUGCUUUUUUGACGGACCCGCACAAAAUUGGUCUUAAUGGAAAGUGCGUGGGCAACGUGUUGUCAUAGUGACUUCCUUUUGCGAACGAAAUGUAGCGACGUUAAAAUAAACGCUCUAACUUUUUUUUAUUACUGAAAACCCAGUUGAAACCUAUAUAUGCUUGCAUGAAAAAAAUGUAGAUUUACUAAGACCCUAUACCAGUCUUUUGGGGGGUUGGGGGGGUUCAAGCCUUAUUAUUCGAGAUAUUCUGGUUUCCUCAAACCCACCAUCCUGGUUUGUACUAGACAAUCAUUUCCAGAAGCAUGUUGUGAACGGUGACUUUUGCACUUUGAAAUGCAGGUGUUUUGAAUUUGAAGAUGUCAAAAUGUAUUUUUCUUCAAGUUUAACUUGUGGCCGAGAGCACGUGAGGGGGGAGAUGUUCAUCUGGUGGGACACUUGCACGUUUUUGAUGAUUGACGUCUCUCCCUCUGCAUGCGCGCGCGGUGCUCGGUGUGUCAGGCACUUCUACGUAAAGACCUCAAAUGCUGCAUGCAUGGAGUAUUUUGUAAACUGUAUUGACUUGAAAACUUGAAAUUGUGCAGCAUGCUUUGAAUAAAGUUGUUAAAACAUUG